AGAGGAGGGGGGCCGCGCAGUGUGAUCUCCAUGCAGUCUGGAUAAAAGCAGCCUCCGCUGCUCAGCACAUCAUCUCACUGCUGCAAAGUUGGAGAGGAAAACAUGCCCGAACCCGCCAAGUCUGCGCCCAAGAAGGGCUCCAAGAAAGCGGUGACCAAGACCGCUGGCAAGGGAGGCAAGAAGAAGAGGAAGACCAGGAAGGAGAGCUACGCCAUCUACGUGUACAAGGUGCUCAAGCAGGUCCACCCCGACACCGGCAUCUCCUCCAAGGCCAUGAGCAUCAUGAACUCGUUCGUCAACGACAUCUUUGAGCGCAUCGCCGCGGAGGCUUCUCGUCUGGCUCAUUACAACAAGCGCUCCACCAUCACGUCCAGGGAGAUCCAGACCGCCGUGCGCCUCCUGUUGCCCGGUGAGCUGGCUAAGCACGCCGUGUCCGAGGGGACCAAGGCCGUCACCAAGUACACCAGCUCCAAGUAAACGGCUGUUUACACCACCCACCCAAACGGUCCUUUUCAGGACCACACACUCCCUCUCAGAGCACCUUCCGCUUGAGUCCUGCAGCUCUACACUGAUCCUGUUACACAUGUUCAUUUCUGGAAGCCACAUCAAGUUUGAUUUGUUUCUCAUGUAACUUAUUCUGGGCCAAACACCAAGUGAUGGAAGGAAAAUAUUUGGAUUAAAUAAGAUUAUAGGUCAGGUCACAACUAGAUCUGUUUUCAUGUUUAGGUUGUGUGUACAACGUGUUUGGUUUCUACAAACACUUCUGACCCUGAAGAAGAUGCCUUCAGCCAGCAGAAGUUAGCAA